AUGGUUUAUAUAUCCACCUGUUCAACUGAAGAUAAUUCAACUAUUAAAGAUGUGACUUAUUCGGGCUUUAGUAUGCAACACAUGAGAGAUAGUAUUAUUUCUAGCGUUAAAAACUUUUGGCAGUGCAUAGAAGUUAAAUCAAAUGAUUAUAAAAUUCAAGAAGAAACUGAAAAUAUUAACUCUCAACGAGAAAAAUUUCUCUUAUUUAUAGAAGAUUCUAUUCAACAAAGUCACGAAAUACGAAAAUACGUUUCUAACUUACAACUAGUUAUUAAAUGUUUCGUUGAUCUACCCGUUUCUGAUGAUAAUUUUAAAGAAUUAGAAUCUUUAUUGGAUGAUACUAACCGUAAUUUAAAGUCUGCUGAAAUAUUGAUGAAUCAAGCUAAUAGUGUUAAAGAUGAAGUAGUAAAGAUUAGAAAUAAUCUUAAUAAAUAUAAAAAUGUCGUUCAGAAUAAUCCAAGUAACAUUAAAUCGAAGACAAAGGACAAAUUAGAUGUAGUUGAAGGUGAAAUUAAUUAUUCAACCAAAGCAAUGAUUGCUGGUUCUACUGCCGCAGGGAUCGGUGCUUUGUUGACGAUGGCUUCUAUAGCCCUUGCUCCAUUUACUGCUGGUGCUAGCAUUGCUAUAGAAGCAGCUGUUGUUGGUAUUAUUGGAGGAUCUGCUGUCGCAAGUGGUGGUGCUGUUGUUGCCGUAAAAGAAGGAAUAAAUAGAACAAAUAAACUGGCUAAAAGCGAUGAUAUUAAAAAGAAAUUAGAAGAAGAAAAGGAAAUAUUAACAACUACUAUCGAGAAUAUGGAAAAAGAUCUUGAAACAAUUGGACGACUUAUCGGAUAUUGGGAAACUCAAGCAUCAAUCAUUUCUGAUCUUUUAAAUAAAGUUAAUGCAGCAAGAGAUGAUGGAAAACCUAAUAAUUUGCUUAUUGGAGCUAUUGAUAAAUCUUUGAGAGAAUUGGAAUUGGAUGAACUUUAUGCUAAAGAUUUCUGUGUCGCAGUUAGAGGUUUAUUGGCAGAAGAUCAGGCAAGGUUUAAGGGU